AUGCCAUCACAGUUCUAUGAUUUGCGCUCCAACAUCCAAGCUCAACCACUCCCUUUUAAUUAUUCAAUUAUUUUGAGGAUUAACACUGUUAACCUUAGAUAUUAGUAAAUUUAUUAACUACUCAGAGCUGCUGAAUUGAUUGAAUUUAUUCUAAUGAUAAUUUAAGAUGAUCUUUAGAAUUAUUACAUCUCUGGAGUACUCUUCACAAAUAUUUCAGUUGUUACACUCUAAAUAAUUAUAAAUUUUAUUUAAGAUUUGAGAACAUGCUUUGAGUUACAAUUAGUAAUUAAUUACCAAUAAUUGAUCUAUCAGAAUCUCAAAGAUGCAAAAUAUCUAAUAUUCGUAGAGCUUUUUUUGUUAACAAUAGUGGUAAAGAAAUAAUGGAAUAUUGUUGAUGGUGAUAUUGAAAUUAAAUUUGAUAUGUAAAUAUAUAUCUUAUUACUUUAAACUAUUAUUGUAAGGAGCAGAUAAGCAAUAAAAUUAAAAAACAGAUUUCUGAAAUCUUCCUUUAUUAUUAGCAAUAUCUAUUAGAGAAUAAAUAUUAUUUUGAACAGCAUUCCAAUGACUUGUUAAAAAUCAAUUUCCUCAUGAAAAAUAUAUAAGAGAAUUAGGAUUUACUAUUAAUUCAUUAUACAUAAAGAUACUUUGAUUAAUAACUAAAUUAGAAUUGAUAGCCCCUUGCUUUUUGGAUUUCAUUGAAUUAUAGACUUCUAACUAAUUGUAGAAAUGAAAUUAGCUAAUGAUUCUCAAAAUUACAUAAAUCAUCUAUAAUAGCAAGAAAGAAUCAAUUUUUAAAAUACAUGAUUUGAAGAUGUGGUGAGAAAUUCAUAAGAUGCUCAUUUAUGUUUGGAACUGGAGAUAGGAAACAUACAAUUUGUAAAAGAUUCAGUUAGUUUGAUGAUCUAAAUAGUAUAAUAAAUAGAGCUAUCCAUUACUUCUAUAAUUACCUUUUAAGACUAUUGUAGCAUUAUAGAAGAUCAGCCCAAAUAUUAGAUGUAUGAAUUCUAAUAAUAUUUGCUUGAUCUUAUAAAAGUACCAACCAUUGGUGAAAAUAGUCAUUUGAGGUAGUUUUAAAAGUUAGAAGUUUUGAUAAUAAUGAGAGUGAAUCAGGAUUUGGAGGGUCUUUUUCUUA